CGGAGGUUUGUCUUUCACAUUUCGUCUUUCAUCUAAAUAACGUUGGUAAGCGUGAAUGAGAAAACAACACGUUGUCAGCAUUGCCGACAGGUUAGAAGUGACAACAAGUUUUAGCGAAAAAUAUCUCAAUUAAUGAGACAAUACAGUUUUGUCACGUGUCGAAAUAUACACCUAGAUGUCGAAACCUAUAGUGUUCGUGACGGGCAACGCGAAGAAGCUGGAGGAAUUCACCGCCAUUUUAGGAAAGAACUUUCCCCGGCAGAUAACGAGCAAGAAGAUCGAUCUGCCGGAGUAUCAGGGCGAGAUAGACGACAUAUGUCGAAACAAAUGUCGAGCCGCGGUAAAUCUGGUCAAGAGUCCGGUGAUCAUCGAGGAUACGUGUCUCUGCUUUAAUGCGUUGAAGGGUCUUCCGGGGCCUUACAUUAAAUGGUUCCUCGAAAAACUCGGCCCCGAGGGUCUCCACAAAAUGCUCGAUGGAUGGGAGGACAAAUCGGCAGAGGCGGUUUGCACGUUCGCUUAUUGUUCCGGCGAAGCUGACGCCGAGGUCCUUCUAUUUCAAGGUCGAACUCAGGGCACCAUCGUGAGUCCACGAGGUCCCCGAGAUUUCGGCUGGGAUCCUUGCUUUCAGCCGCAGGGCUACGAUAUGACCUAUGCGGAAUUAUCGAAGGACAGCAAAAAUAAAAUUUCUCAUCGCCGCAAGGCGCUAGAAGUAUUGAGAGAUCAUUUUAUAAACAAUGCGGUUUAAUUUAUAUAUUGUAUCAAAAUUACUGUCUCUCUCACAUUACUGUGAUUCUUAUCGUUUCCGUUUUCAAGUUUUUCUUCUUUCGGAUAUCUAAUGUCGUGCUUAUUAUAAUUUUUUAAGAGAAUGACAAUUUUUCUGAGUUUGUUACAACUUUGCAAUAAUUAUAUAAUUAAUUAUGGAGGC